AUGGCGCAGGAGCUCCGUCUGGAUGGCGAACGAUUCCAGCGCUAUUUGAGGCUGACUCCGGCCCAGUUUGAUGACCUGCUAGCUAGGAUCGGUGCUAGGAUCUCUCGGUUGGACACCAACUACAGGCGCUCCAUCUCAGCUUCAGAGCGCCUGUCCAUCUGUCUCCGAUACCUAGCCACUGGGGACUCCUACAGGACCAUCGCAAAUAGUUUCCGUGUUGGGAACUCCACUGUCUCCAGCAUUGUCCCUGAUGUUGCCACUGCAAUCUGGGACUCUCUGGUGGAGGAGUUCAUGGCUGUGCCCAGCACAGAUGAGUGGAGGUCCAUUGCAGGGAGGUUUGAGGAGCGGUGGAAUUUUCCUCUUUGCUGUGGAGCAUUAGAUGGGAAGCAUGUGGUCAUCAAAGCCCCUGCUCACUCAGGAUCCCAGUUCUACAAUUACAAGGGAACUUUCUCUCUUGUUCUCUUGGCGGUUGUAGACGCGGAAUAUUGUUUCCGGGUGAUUGAUGUCGGGGGGUACGGAAGAACCAGCGAUGGUGGGAUUCUGGCCAACUCUGCUUUUGGUGCAGCCCUUCAGUCUGACACCCUCCAACUGCCUGCCGACCUGCCACUACCAGGAGCUGACCACCGAGGACCACAGCCACAUGUCUUCGUGGCUGAUGAGGCCUUUCCACUGCGGAAAAACCUCAUGAGGCCAUUCCCUGGUCGCAACCUGGCAAGAGAGCGCCGGGUUUUCAAUUACCGUCUGUCCCGAGCUCGGAUGGUUGUGGAGAAUGCCUUUGGGAUCCUUUCUUCCCAGUGGAGGGUCUACAGGCGUGCCUUCGAGGUCAAAGUUGAGGUUGCGGAGAAGUGUGUGAAGGCUACCUGUAUUCUCCACAACUUCAUGCGAAGGACCGCCCCCCCAAGUGCAUUGAGGGGGAACAUCCCAGUUGGCGAGGUGGACCCACUGCCAGGUCUACGGAGAGUUGCUGCCAACAACUCAGCGAGGGAAGCCAUCAGGAUUCGGGAGGCCUUCAAGUCCUACUUCUCCGCUGAGGGAACCGUCCCAUGGCAAGACAACGUGUAGCGCACCAGCACACCCAAAACGGCUCUUUUAAGAGCCACCCACACAUUACUAUUGAGCAAACUUCCUGAAAUUACUUUAUUGACAGUGAUCUUCUGACUUAAUGAAGAAUGUCUCCUUAACAUACAACAGUAAUAUGCCAUUAUUAACUAAGUUUGUUAAUGUUAGUUUAUAUUUUGUAAUCAGGUAACUGUGACAGUCCUCAGCCGUCUUGCUUCCCUUCUGCUGGCCUCUGUUCUUCUUCCAGGGAAGCUGAUUGGCUGGCCACCUCAUUGAGGGAUUGAACUCACCUGCAGGAGGCCGAAUAAGCAGAAGAUGGGGGGAAUCCAACAUGGCGCUCUCGCUCUCCCACCUGGAAGGCUGGUGCUGCCUGGCACCCAACUGGGUUUUGUUUGGGGCUGUUAUUCUAGCCCUUUAGCAUACUCAUAGUUUAG